GGCUUUUAGCGGCGACACCAUUAGCGGCGACGGUCCUAAUGUCGCCGCUAUUGGUCGAUCCGUGUCACACACCCUGAGACCAAACCCCAGCCGUUGAUCAAAAUCCUGAUCUAACGGUUGGGGACUUAAAAGGCAAUACCGGCGACGUAAAGUAGGGUAUUAGCGGCGACAACUGUCUCCGCUAAAAGUCUGUGUCCCACAUUAAACCCUAGCCACACAAAUCUUAUCCUGGUUAAACCAAUAGCGGCGACGAAUGGUCAAUACCGGCGACGAGGCGUCUCCGCUAAAAGUCGAUUCGUAAAACACCUUUAUCAGCGAGUUUCCCUCUUUCCUCUUCACUUUUCCCCCCAAAUUUCUUCCUUCCACCGCCGGAGACACCCGAAUUUUGGCCCAAUCGAAACUCCGGUCACCGCCAUCUCUUCUCCGGUCACCACCAUCUCUUCUCCGGUCACCACCUCAAAAACCGUUGCAUAAUGCCUAUCGAUAAAAGUUGGAUUGAUUCCCCACGUCAUUCACCUCACUACAAGCAAGGACUCGAGUCAUUUAUCGAGAUGUGUGAAAGAGUGAUAAAAAACCACGAUGAAGUUAGAUGUCCGUGUACCCAAUGUAAAAAUUCCGGCUUAAUAACUAUGGCAGAAAUGAAAUACCAUUUGCGUAUUAACAAAUUUUGGAAGGAAUACACUUCGUGGACCUAUCACAGGGACACGACUCCAAUUGCACAAGUAAACGAUGUUGCGCCACAAGACGGUAUGGUAAACGUUAUUGAAGACAUUAGGGGGGAGCGUAUGGAAGAAGAUACAUACCUUAACCAAGAGAACUCGAAUGGAGAUAGUAGCGGUGUUGUUGAUGAUUUUGAAGACCUGAUAAAGGAAGCUGAAACAGAAUUAUAUCCUGGUUGUACUAAGUUUUCUUCUAUCGACUUUUUAGCAAAGCUUUUGAAUAUAAAGGAUACGUACCAUUUUCAAAAUGAAGGAGUAGAUCGACUCCUCUCGUUGUUGCGAGAGUCAAUGCCAGAAGGCAACAAGAUUCCCCCUUCGUAUUAUGUAGCUAAGAAGACAUUUAAGAAGAUUGGUUUGGCAUAUGAGAUGAUAGAUGUGUGCACAAAUGAUUGUGCUCUCUUUUGGAAAGAAAACGAGUCCUUGCAAAAUUGUCCCGUUUGUAAUGAGAGUCGAUGGGUCGAUAAAGACACAAAAGGCACGAAGGUGGCUCGUAAGGUGUUACGAUACUUUCCUUUGACGCCUAGACUACGACGUUUGUAUUGUUCAAGGCACACAGCGAAAGAUAUGAUAUGGCAUAGUACCGGACGAUCGGAAGAUGGGACUAUGCGUCAUCCAGUUGAUGGAUCUGCAUGGCAAGACUUUGAUAAAAAGUACCCAAACUUCGCGAUGGAGCCACGAAAUGUUCGCUUAGGGCUUGCAGCUGACGGUUUUAAUCCCUUUAACAACGGUAGUGGAUCCUCGACUCAUAGCACGUGGCCGGUUAUACUCACCACAUAUAAUCUGCCUCCCUGGCUAUGCAUGCGAGAGUCCACAUUCAUGUUGACCUUGUUGAUUCCUGGCCCUAAAUCACCGGGGAAAGACAUGGACGUUUUCCUUAGACCGUUAGUGGAUGAGCUUAAGCAAUUGUGGCAGACAGGUGUACGUACUAAAGAUGCAGCAACAAACACAUACUUCACAAUGAAGGCGGCGUUGUUAUGGACCAUAAAUGACUUUCCAGCCCGUAGUAGCCUAUCAGGUUGGAGCGGACAAGGCUACAUGGCAUGCCCAACUUGUAACCAAGACACUCCUUCAAUACGUGUAACUGGUAAAUGUGCUUAUGUUGGCCAUCGCCGGUUCUUAGAUGCCAACCAUCCUUGGAGAACAAGUCUCGACUUUAACGGGAGACCCGAGACACGAGACCCUUCGAGACAGUUUAGCCCAGCUGACAUAGAAGCUCAACUAGGUCGUUUAAUUAAUCGUCUACCAGGCAAGCAUCCAGAUUUUGGAGGUAGGAGGAUAACCCGGUCAGAUUUCGAGUUGAACUGGUCCAAAAGAAGCAUAUUUUUUGACCUUGAGUAUUGGUCUUCUCUGCAGCUGAAACAUAACUUAGAUGUAAUGCAUAUAGAGAAAAAUGUGUGCGACAGCUUGCUCGGUACUCACUCUUCUGAUGAACGAUAA